AUGGGCGGCGGGGCUCGGCAGCUGGCCGGGUACCUGGCGGCUGUGGCCGGCUGGCUGGCAGCGCUGGCCGCGGCCGUGCUGCCGCACUGGAGGCAGAGCUCGUAUGCCGGAGACGCCAUCAUCACCGCCGUGGGGCUCCACGAGGGGCUGUGGAUGAGCUGCGCUGCCCAGAGCACAGGGCAGGUCCAGUGCCGCCUGCACGACUCGCUGCUCUCCCUCGAAGUUCACAUCCAGACAUCCCGAGCUCUCAUGGUCAUUUCUCUGCUCCUGGGCUUCUUUGGCAUCAUCGUGAGCGUGGUGGGCAUGAAAUGCACUAAGGUUGGGGAGGAGGAUCCUGUCACCAAGAGCCGCAUAGCUGUUGCUGGAGGUGUCCUCUUCGUUCUCUCUGGUCUGUGCACGCUGGCUGCCGUGUCGCUGUACGCAACGCAGGUGACCCGUGAGUUCUUCAGAGAGAGCAUCGUCCCCGUCAAUGCGAGGUACGAGUUUGGCUCUGCUCUCUUCGUGGGCUGGGGGGCCUCCAGCCUCUCCAUGCUGGGGGGGUCCCUCCUGUGCUGCUCCUGCCCUGCCAAGGAGCGCCGAGGCCAGCAGUACCACCGGCAGUCCCAGCCCUCCACGGCCCGGGAGUACGUCUGAGCACAGCCCUGCCCUCCUGCUGCCUCCCUGCCCUCCC